AUGACUAGUGGGUCUUCACCAUUCAUAGAUAAUCCAUCUAAUAACAGUAGUAUACAUGAUGUAACUACAACUAUAAAUUUAUUUAAUAUUGAUCAAAAACUGUAUAUUUCAAAAUUACAAUAUCAAAUAUCUACAUUUGAAACAGAACGAAAAUUGUGGAAAUCUGAAAAAGAUAGUAUUAUAAACCAAUACGAGACUAAUAUUAAAAGUAAGAAUGAUGAAUUAUCAAAUUUGAAAUUGAAUUUUGACUAUGUAUACAAUGAAAAAUUACAAUUGGAAGAUAAAUUACUGAAUUUAGAGAAUACAAGUGAUGAAAAAUUGAAAAAUAUAAUUGAAGAGAAUAAAUUAUUAAAAUCUGAAACUAAUAUGUCUUAUAGUAACAUUAAUGAAUUAAGAAAAAAGAAUGAUAGAUUAAUUAGAAAGACUAAACAAAUUACAACUGAUUAUAAUUAUCAAAUAAAAUUGAACGAUGAAUUGCAAAAAGAGAUACAAAUUAAAGAAGGUACAAUUAUGGAUCUACAAAGUGCAAAUGAUAAUUUGGUUAAGCAGUUGAAGAAUGGUUUUGAUUCGGGAAAUCAGUUGAAUAAAAUUAAUAAUCUUCAAAAUACAAAUCAUAAAUUACAAAUUAAAAUAGAUGCACUCCUUCAAAAUAAAACUUCAAUUGAAUUAUUAAAACAGAAAAACAUAUCAUUAAUUAAUAAAAUACAAAGUUUGGAGAAUCUUGAGGAAAAAUAUAUAAAACUUGAAGUUGAAAAAUUACAAUUAGAAUCUAAAUAUAAUCAAUUAUUUCAAAAUUUGGCCAAUUCAAUUGAGAAUAAUGAUGAAAAUGAAGAUGUAACAGCUUCGAUCAAAGUUGAAAAUUUUAUAGCUUUAUUUAAAGAAUCUCAGAUUAAAAAUUUAACACUUCAAGAGAAAUUAAAUAAUAAAAUUCAUGAAUAUAAUGAAUUAAAACAAGAUUUAGAAGAUCAUAUACAAGAAUUUGAAACUGAUUAUUUACCAUCCAUGAAUGAAUUACAAGAAAAGUUGAAAAUUGCAAGUGAACAAAAUUUAAAACUAGAAAGGGUUCGAAAUUUAAAUAUUAAAGAAAUUGAAUUUUUACGUAAUUCAUUAAAGAACUUUGAAUUGAAGAAAGAAGAACCUAAAGAAGAAAAUAAAAGUAUGAAUCAAUACGUAACUAAUCUUGAAAAAUUGGUCGAUGAAUAUAAAACAAAAAUAAAUGAAUUGAAAAAUAUUCAACCUGAGACUUAUUCAAUUGGUGAUAAACGUCCAAAUAUAGAACGUCACAGUUUUAAAUCACAAGCAAUAGAAUUAGAAAAAGAGAAUACGAAAUUAAGUAACAAGAUUCACCAAUUAGAAUCCACAAUAACUGAACUUAACUCCAAAUUGGCCACAUUUGAAAAAGUAGAAAAGAAGGAACAAAUUUUACAAUUUAAGAAUAAUCUAUUACAUCAAGAUCAAAUGAUUAAACAAGAGACAUUAACCUUACUAAAACAAGAAAAUGAAUCAUUAAUAAACAAAUACAUAAACAAUUUAAAUUCUGAGGAUUUGAUACCAAAGGCAAUUUUUCAAAGACAAGAAGGUGAUAAAAACCUAUUACAAAUUAAAAUCGAUCAACUAAUUAAAAAGAAUAAUAGGUUAAAAGAUUGCUAUACUGCAAAAUCAAAAGAUAUAUUAACUAUUAUAUCUCGAUACUUUGGUUUUCUAAUUGAAUUUUUACCUAAUCCGUUGAAUAAUUCAGAAUUAUCUUCGAGAUUGAAAUUGACUAGUCGAUAUACUGCAAAUUUAAAUAAUUCGUACCUUAUAAUUGAUAUAGAUAAUAAAAGUUUAAAAGCUUAUGGAAAUUAUGAAUUUAAAUCUAUUUGUGAAGAAUUGGCUAAUGAUUGGGUUGUUAAUAAGGGUCAAUUUCCUUGUUUGUUAAGUGCUUUGAAUUUAAAAAUUUAUGAGAGCUACUGUCAGGAUGCUAAAUAA